UCAAGGGCUCAAGCGCGACUUGAGUGAAGCGACGAAAGCGCCCACACUUCCACGGCGACGGAGGUCCUCCAGCGCCGGAAUCAUGUCGUGGGCGCUGGACAUGUCCUUGGAGGACGUGAUCCAAACGAAAGGCGAUGGCAAGGGCCAAAAAGGCACCAAGGGCAACGCGUGGCGCCGCGACGAUUGGGGCGCCCCCAAGCGUGAGUGGAGCAACGACUGGGACGACCGGAGCUGGGGAGGUCCCUCCAAAGGCAAUGGCAAAGGCAAUGGCUGGCGUGACGGAGGUUAUUAUGGACCUUGGGCAAGAGGUGGUGGCUAUGGUUAUGGAGGAGGAAAAGGGAGCUGGGGCAACCAGGCCUUUUGGGAGAGUGCUCCAUCCAACUGGGGUCGACCCACACCGUACCGGCGGCCUGAAACGCAGCAUUGCGACAGGGGGUGGUCCCCACCUGCUGCUCCUACGCAGCGAGUCUUCGGAGCACGCGACGACCGGCGCUUCGGCGACGACCGGCGCUUCGGCGACGAGCGCCGCGAGCGCUUCACCGAGCGGCUCGCGCCCCGCGAACGGCCCGCGGAGCGGGAGCGCGAGCGCCUGGUGCCGCGCGAGCGGGAGCGCGUGGAUCGGGCGGAAAAGGUCACGGAGAAGGUCCGGAAGACCAUCCGGGUCUGCAACGUGCCGAAGAACCUGGAAGACAGAGAUAUUAAGAAAGCCUUUGAGGAUAUUGGCCGCGUCACCAAAUGCGAGGUGGAGCACGGAGUUGCCAUCAUCACCUUCGCCAACUCCUCACACGCCAAGAAGGCGGUGCAGACCUUCGAUCGUGGGGAACUGAACGGCCAAACCAUUUACGUCUCUGUGCACGAGCCUUGAUGUGAGGCCUCUCUUGAGGCACAGGCUUCGAAGAGUAAGUGCAUUUGGCGACAACACUCCAAG